CACAACCAACGGGACUUGCACUAUCUGCUCGAAGCCACGAACUUGGCCCACGACUUUCAAGUGAAAAUGGCUUCUGUGUCGGCCUCGAAGCCAGACUUCCGGUCCGAGUGUAGUAUUGCUCUUUUCAGGGCUGCGCAACCACUUCCAGCCGACAGUUGA